AUGCCAUUCCUGGCCUCAAUAUCCGACAUCUUCGGCCGACCGAUCCUCCUCAUCUUCUCUAUAUUAAUGUUUACAAUCGGCUCCAUCAUUUGUGCCGUUGCGCCGGAUAUCGCCACCCUCUUGGGCGGCCGCUCGAUUCAGGGCAUCGGUGGCGGAGGCAUUAUUGUUCUGAGUCUGGUCAUCUUCACGGACAUCGUUCCCCUUCGGCAACGACCAAAAUGGUACGGGACGGUCCAGGGAGCGUGGGCGUUGGGCAACUGCGUCGGGCCCGUCCUGGGUGGAGCCAUUGCCGAUAACACCACAUGGCGAUGGGUGUUCUAUGUCAUGUUCCCUUUCUGCGCCUUUGGCCUCGUCUCUAUCCCCUUCCUUCUCACGCUGAAGCCAAAGGUUGAGACGCUGGGACAGAAGCUCGCACGUGUCGACUGGGUCGGCUCAGCUAUUUUCAUGAUCUCCGCGACGCUAUUCCUCAUCGCGAUCUCAUGGGGCGGCACUCAGUUCGAGUGGUCCAGCGCCGCCACCAUCGCGCCCUUGAUCAUCGGUGCGAUUGGCCUGGCAGGCACCGCCGUCUGGGAAAAGUACAUGGCGAAAGAGCCUUUCCUCAGUCAUUCGCUGUUCUACAACGUCAGCGCCAUCUCCACUUUCGUCUGCAGCGCGGUGCAAGGCCUCGUUCUCUUCGGCCAGCUUUACUACAUCCCCUUCUAUUUCAUGUCGGUGCUGGAAUACUCCCCGAUUCACACCGGCCUGGCCCUCCUACCGGUCAUGCUAACCCUGGUCCCGGGGUCCAUCAUCACCGGCGUCUUGAUUACUCGUUGGAACGGCUACCGCUGGCCGAUCUGGUCGGGCUGGGUAGUCACAACGAUCGCCUGUGGCCUGACCACAAUGUGGGAUGCGGACACCUCCAUCGGGGUCUGGGUCGUGACGCUGAUCCUCCUGGGCUUCGGCCACGGGGCGAUUCUCAACGCGCAAAACUUCGCCUCGCAGGCCAUCUGCGCCGAUGGCGAGGAGGCCGCCGCCGCAGCCAUGUACGGCUUCCUGCGGCACUUUGGCACCGCGCUCGGCGUGGGCAUCGGCGGCUCUGCCUUCCAGAACAUCAUGGCGCUCAAGCUGUCGUGGACGGACCUGCCCGGCGGGGCGGACAUCGCCAAGAACGCCGAGGCCUUCAUCGUGCAGCUCCUCGAGAUGCCGGCGUCGCCGGAGAAGACCAAGAUCGUCGAGGGCUACGUCUUCGGCUUCCAGGGGGUGUACAGGGUCUACCUGGGCAUCAGCGCGGUCGCCUUCCUCAUCAGCCUGACCAUCAGGCACUACGACAUGAACAAGGAGCUCGCCACGGACCACCAGCUGCAGGACAACAACAUUGCCCGCAUCAUGGACAAGAGGCUGUCGUCGUACCGCAACUCGCGCAUGGUCCCCGCCGCCGUCGCCGGGCUCAAGCUCGACGCCGUCCAGGAGAGCCCCCAGGAGACGCUCAACGGCUCCAGGAGGCCUAGCGACACCGAGACCAAAAUCGGCAGCGGGACUGCGACGCCGCGCAUCGCGGAGGAGCCGGAGCGCGAGAAGGACGUGCCGGCGCUGCCGCAGAAGCCCGAGCCUGUGGCUACUGAAUUGAAGAGUACGGUUGUGGUCAGUGAGGUUGAGAAAAAUGAGGCUUCAAGUCCCGAUGGUGCGAGGCCUGGGGCUGUGAAGACUGAAGCUGCGAAGUCUGACGACACGAAGACUGAGCCGGCUCCUGCUGCAUAA